AUAUUUACUUAAUACAUCACUUGUAGUUGUAAAUACCAAAUAAAUGUAAUAAAAAAAAGUUUUUAAACUGAUAUUUUGGAAUCAUUCAGAUGAACGGCAAGUGAAACUAUCGAUCAACAACUUCGCGGUGAGAGUCGGGACGCCGAAUAGGACCGGAAGGAUACCUCUUGAUGAAUGGAGUCCACUUCUAGGAUUCAAGAACAACGUCAAUCUUUACCCAAACAAAAUGAAGGAUUUGAAAGGAAAAGAAGUGAGAUUCGCUACUGUGCAGUAUUUGCCACACGUCAACCUCGAACCUUUUGAUGGCGAUGAAGCCAGGAUAUUUAUAGAAUAUUGCGAAAGGCAUAACUGCACAAUAAAGGUUUGUGACGACGAUGGACAUCAGUGGGGCAGCAUUACAGGAUACAGGCAAGGAAAUGGACUAAUUGGAAGAGUUUAUAAAGGGGAAGCUGACAUUGGAGGAGGAUCAUUUACAGCAAUGAUAGAUUACUAUCCUCAUAUUGACUUUUCCAAAACCUACAUGCUUUCCGGUGUCGCUUUGCUAGUACCGAAGGCUGUUCAGCUGAGUGCCUGGAGGACUCCGUUUCUCCCGUUCGGUCUCGUGAUGUGGAUCGUCUUUUUCUGCUGCGUGAUCUGCUCUUCUUUAGGACUUUACGCUGUUACAGCACUCACCGUCAAAUAUACACGUUUUGGCCAUAAUAUUAAGAAGAAAGGGGUAUUCACCUCAUUGACCGAUUCGAUGAUUAGAUCCUUUGGUAUGACAGUGUUACAACAGCCGGCGUACCAGUUUGUCAAUUUGCCUGUUCGGCACAUCUUCACGUCUUUUGAAUUUCUCUAUCUAAUCCUGACUGCUUGUUACUCUGCGGAACUAGCUUCCUACUUAACAUCCCCUCAAUAUACAAAACAGAGAGUGACAGUCAAAAAUUAA